AUGCAGGUGAUCAAAGAUGCUGAGAAGCAUGGGCUACCAGAGGAUCGGGAUUUCCAGGAGCCCCGGAUGGCUGUGAAGAAGCUGAUGAAAUACAGCGAAGUGGGCAGCUUGCCGGACCCUCAGGUGACAGGAGAAGGUGAGGCACCGGUUGUGCUGCUUCGAGGCACCUGGCUAUGCAAGUUGGCUGCUGCUAACGGACGACUACCUAAACGGCAAGAUCUUCCUGCAGAAGCAAUUUGGGACGUGGAAGAUCUGCAACGAGACUCCGAGGAAUAUGACCAAGGUACUGCUGGCUGCGUGGCUGCAUCAAACGUGUUCUUGCGUUGCAAUCAGUGCUUUGGUGAGCAGCUGCCUGGCAGAUUUGAGCCCCUUGGCCGCCAAGGCACUGUUGGUGAGGUGGACUUGGCCAUUUUCCUGGACUAUUGCAGCCUUUUCCAGGAACCGCGAUCCAUUGCUGAAGCAAAGGCCUUUGAAGAAAGUCUGAAGAAUGUUGCCAUUUGGUAUGCACACAAAAGGACGCAGGUGUGGAUUUUGACUUCAACUCCAGAGACUUGCUCCUUGGCUUGGUUUCGCAGGUUCUGGACAGGGCGGUGCAAGACACUUGGUUGGACACUAGAAGUAAUACCCUUGUUACUAGUAAUUAGCGAUGCCCUUGUUACUAGUAGUAAUACCCUUUUGAGACUUAGUUCCUAG